AUGGCGGUCGCCAACCUGCGGACGUACCUCCAGGGCCCCACCGUCCCACCACCGCAACCAUCGGCCGCCGCCAUCGCGACCGCUGCCACCCUCCCGACACCACCGCCGGCCUCCACCGGCUACCCGCAGGGGGUGCCGAUAACUCAAACUCGGUUCCCACCCUCGUCGUCGCAGCGCCCGGCGUGGCUCGACGCGCCCGUCUUCAGCACGGCGCCCACCCAACCCACGCACUACACCACCGGGCCGCCCGCUGCACAGCCGCCUCAUUUCUCCAAACUGGAGUUCGCCACAUACGACGGCACUGUCGACCCCCUAAACUGGCUAAACCAGUGCGACCAGUUUUUCCGAGGCCAGCGGACACUGGCGUCCGACCGCACCUGGAUCGCCUCCUACCACCUCCGUGGAGCCGCACAGACGUGGUACUACGCCCCCGAGCAGGACACGGGCGGGAUUCCUCCGUGGGAGCGCUUCCACGACCUCUGCCUCCUCCGUUUCGGCCCACCGAUCCGCGGGAGCCGGCUGGCCGAGCUCGGCCGCCUCCCCUUCACCUCCUCGGUGCAGGACUUCGCCGAUCGCUUCCAGACAUUGGCAUGCCAUGCGCCCGGCGUCACGGCUCGCCAACGCGCCAACCUAUUCGUCGGCGGCCUGCCAGACCACAUCCGCGUCGACGUGGAGAUGCGUGAGCCACCGGACUUGCAGACGGCCACCGAGAUCGCUGCUUCGACGCUCUCCGAGGCCGGUGUCACAACCUACGGGCCGGUCGACGCUACCUCCUUCGUCGUCUCCCUCCACGCGCUGGCAGGCAUCAAGACGCCGAAGACCAUGCUGCUCCCGGUGACUAUCAACGGGGAGUGCCUCACCGCGCUCGUCGACAUGGGCUCGACCCAUAACUUCCUGUCCGGGGCCACCAUGCGCCGCCUCCACUAG